GCAGCUAUAUAACGUUGUUUACCUCCAGCAGCACAGCGCAGCUGAUCGCGAGGCUUGAAAGACAUCGUUGGCAUCAUCAUGAUGAUGAAAAGUCAGAGCAGCGGAAUCACCAUGACUGAACUGGGUCAGUUCCUGAAAAACCCACCGGAGGGUUUUACUGUGGAGGCCUGCGGCUCCAGGUACCGGAUCCGUUCCGGGGAGGACAGCCUGGUUUUUAUUGAUAACCUCCAUGCUGGAGACCGGGGGGUAGUUUUCCAGAACUCACUGGGAAGGAAGUUUAAAAUGCACAGUCUGUGGGAGUACACCAGCAUGAGGAAGAGUCUGCUGUCCAAGAAGAUCUAUGUGUUGGUUUCUCUCUGUGAUCAAACCAUCCUGGAAACCAACAAGAAGAGGGUCGUAACUUCCAGAGUCCUUCAGGAAUACAUUCUGUCCAUUGAUGGUGGGAAUCCGAUGAUCAAGUGGCAGCUGGAGAAAGGCCUGGACUGGACCCUCUCCUCUGUGGCUGGAGAGAGCUACAGGGUGGAGAUAGACUUGAAGGAAAUCUUGGAGGGCUUGGCUGCUGAAGGCUUUAUUGCUAAGGACCUGAUGAAAUAUAAUCUAACAUGGGAAAAUGCCUCCUUUACCCUUAAAUACUAUUCUGAUGCCCUGUUUGACUUCCCUCAUUGGCUUGGCUUAAGCAAAAGAUCAUUUAAGCUGAAACCAGUAAACACAUGAAGGGAGAUCAUGACGAUCCUAUCCGCCAAACUUUUCUGCAACAUCCGUUGCUGCAUUUUGAAGAAUGCUCAGCAGGAGUUUUGUCAACAGUGAGCAGCUUCUUUUGUUAUGCUGGGAGUUUGCUGUUUAAGCUGCUGGUUCUGAAAGCAUCU